CCCGCGACCCGAGCAGGGGGCGGCCGUGCGGAGCAGCCGGGCCUCCGAGAGCCGCCUCGGCUUCUGCAGAGAUUGUGGCGGUCUGGGACGCUGUGUCUGACUACAUCUUGGAACAGAUGAAGCUGGGCAAGGGAGUCCUGAUUCCGGGACUCGGGGUCUUUGCUGGGGUCCGAGAGCAAUUCCACAGCAAAGAAGAGGCGCGUUCCGUUCUAAGGCCUGUCUUCCAGCUGGACAUCGGGGUGCUGUGGCUGCAGGAACUCCAGUCUCCCAACGACAUCAUCCCUGACGAUGUCAAGAUUGAGCCGCUCAACUACCGGCAGCUCUCGCGAGCCUGCGGCGUCCCGCUGCACUUGGUGCUGCGCUGCGUGCGGGAGAGCGUGCUCCUGUACUGUCACCUCCUGAGGAGCAGGGAGCCCGUCCUGUUCGUGUUCAAGAACCUCGGCGUUAUGACCUGCCAAGACGACUUCCUCCUCAUGAGGUUCUUCUGCAGCUGCAUUGAAACGCUGGAGAGCAAUGCCACCGUCCUCGCACUGAUCCACACUAGAUUCUGGACGGACGAUUCUGCUGACUUCGGGCCAGAGACCGUUGCCCAUGGCAUCCGCGUGUUCCCGAGGUUUCAGCUCACCGUGGAAAAGAGCAGAGCAGAGGCCGCCGCAGAAGAAAAAGCUGCCAUAGAGCGGAAGAUGAGUAAAGGGGUCUCUGCCUGCAGUCUGCUGCAGAGGCGGAAGACACUUCCCCCCUCCAUGCUGCUGCAGCGCAAGCCGAGCUCAAGGCAGCAAGAUGUGGCGAAGGAGCCUUCUGCCAGCGCGCUCCCGCCGUGUGCAGGCAGCUCCCGCGGGACGAAGAAAGCGGGACAGAAGGAAACAUCUGCUGCCCAGACCAGCGCUGCACUCCCUGCCACCGAGGAGUCUAAGAGAGUGCUGCAGGAGCUCCGCAAAGAGUCUGCGCUGUGGAAAGCAGACCACACGUGGCCCAUGCACCAACAGCAAAUAGAGCGAGCACAGGCAGAAAUGGCGGCAUGGGAAGGCUGGAGCGCAGGGGAGGACCAGCAUCCGCCCCAGCUGCUGGCCAGGGAGAGCGUGCGUGUUCCGCAUCCUCCAGCCCAGCCCAGGAGACAGCAAGUGCAAAGGAGAUGGAGGAAGGAUGAGGGUCUGCUGCCGGGAAGUAUAAUGGGGACGGCAACCAAGCUGACACUGCAUGCUGACCUCCUUUCCCCACGAGCGGCUCAGGUGCUCCGAAGGUUGGAGCCGCACCUCCGUCAGCAAGAGGCUUUUGCCGGCACAGCGGAAAGAAACCGGCAGAAGCUGGAGCAGAAGCGGCACCUCCUCCGGGCUGAAUGCUCGCACGGCUCCAGAGGGGAAGGUGCAGCCAUCGGUGGUGACCGCGGUGGAGCUCUCAACACGGGGGCUGGGAAGCCGUCCAGAUUUCCACCUGUGAAUGGAAGAUCGUAGAAAACCAAAGACUCGUAGAACGGCCUGGGUUGAAAAGGGUCUCGAAGAUCACCGCGACCGGGCUGCCCAGAGCCACAUCCAGCGUGCCCUCGGAUGCCCGCAGGGAUGGGGCGUCCCCCAGCUCUCGGCAAGCUGUUCCAGCACGUCACCACCCUCCGUGUGAAGAACGCUUGCUGACAUCUAACCAAAUUCUGCCCCCCUUUCACAGUUUAAAACCAUUCCCCCUUGUCCUGUCACCAUCCGGCCUCGUCAACGGCCGUUCCCCCUCUACUCUACAGCCUCCCUUCAAGAACUGGAAGGCCGCAGUGAGGUCUCCCCGGAGCCUUCUCCUCACCAAGCUAAACAAGCCCGGUUCUCUCCACCUUUCUUGACAGGAGAGGUGCUCCAGGCCUCUGAUCACCAUAGGGGCCCUCCUCUGCACUUCAUCCAAGAGCUCUGCGUCUUUCUUGUACCGGGGACCUCAGUUUUGGAUGCACUAUUCCCAAUAA